GUAGACAAAACGUGAAGUUGAACAUUGCAACAUCCACACACAGACACACAUAUAUAUAUAUAUAAGAACAUGAAUGUUUGAAGAAAUCAUUGAGAAGUAACUCAAAGAAAAAGAAAAAGAAGUAUAUUAGCAUUAGCAAAAAUGACAACAUUUUUCCCCAUGAAUGGUGGUGAUGGUCCUUAUAGCUUCUCCAAAAACUCCCAAUUGCAGAGAGAAGUGUUAGAUGGUGCAAAGGGAAUGGUGAGAGAUGCAAUUAUUCAAAAGUUUGACAUCAAAAUCAUGUUAUCAUCUUCAAAUACAAUACGUAUUGCAGAUUUUGGAUGUUCAGUUGGACCAAACACUUUCAUUGCAAUGCAACAUGUUGCACAAGCUCUAAAGGACAAAUACUUAUACCAAGUCAAAUAUUCAACUAAUAAUAUUCCUGAAUUCCAAAUAUUUUUCAAUGAUCAUGUCACCAAUGAUUUCAACACCCUCUUUCGAUCACUUCCCAUCGAUCGAUCCUACUAUGCAUUCGGAGUUCCAGGAUCAUUCCAUGGUAGAUUAUUUCCAUCGCGAUCGAUGCACUUUGCACAUUGUUCUUGUGCUAUACAUUGGUUAUCUAAGUGUCCAGAAGAGUUGUUAGAUGAAAAAUCCCCAGCAUGGAAUAAAGGUUUGAUUCAUUAUAUGGGUACAUCAAAUGUUGAAGUGUUGAAUGCUUAUGUUGCUCAAUUUGAAAAAGACAUGGACAUGUUCUUCAAUGCAAGAGCUGAGGAGAUUGUUGAAGGAGGAAUGAUGGUACUUGUUACGCCAUUUGAAAGUUACACACGUCUCUUCAAAUUUUUUGGUUCUAGUCUUAUGGAUUUGGUGAAUGAGGGAAAGUUAGAUGAAUCUUUAGUUGACUCGUUUAAUUUGCCAAUGUAUUUUCCUUCUCCUGAAGACAUGACUAAAGUGGUGGAGAAAAAUGGUUGUUUUAGUAUUGAGAGAAUGGAGUUGACAUAUCCCAAAUCAAAGCUUGUGGAUGAGGCUGAUGCAAAGACUUUAAUGAUAAAUCUAAGGGCCGUUUUAGAAGGACUAAUAAUAAAUCACUUUGGAAGUGAAAUAGCAGAAGAAACUUGUGCAAGGACUAUUCUCAAAAGUGAUGAGAUUUCGACAUGGAUGAAAGCUAAUUAUGAGAAAUCAUGUCAAUUGUUUGUCGCUUUAAAGCGUAAAUAAAUUUCUAGGGAGAAAUCUAUGGCAGAAGUUUAGUAACUAGUGGAGCAUUGUCUAACUAAUUUUCCCUUAAAAUAUUAUCAUUAUUAUCUGCAUUUCCUUUGCUUCGCUUGCUAUAUUAUUUGUUGUUUCUACUGUUCUGGUGACUCUUCUUUAUAACUAUUUAUUGUUGCUGCUGAACUUUUUUUCAUUAUUUUC